AUAAAGCCAAUGUGAAGAAUUGGAGGGAAAAGAAGAGAGGGAAGGAUGCCAGUGGCAAAACCAGAAUCGUCUGAUUCCAGGGUGAUUGCUCAUGUCGACAUGGAUUGUUUCUAUGUUCAAGUGGAACAAAGAAAGAAACCGCAAUUGCGGGGUUUACCGACUGCUGUAGUACAGUACAAUGAAUGGAAAGGAGGGGCUUUGAUUGCAGUCAGCUAUGAGGCUCGUAAAUUCGGGGUUAAGCGUUCAAUGCGUGGUGCUGAAGCCAAGGAGGUUUGCCCCGAAAUUCAAUUGGUUCAAGUGCCUGUAAACCGUGGUAAAGCUGAUUUGAAUGGAUACCGGAAUGCGGGUUCUGAGGUGGUAUCUAUUCUUUCAAGGAGUGGCAGAUGUGAAAGGGCUUCCAUCGAUGAAGUCUAUCUUGAUCUUACUGAUGCAGCUGAAACCAUGCUAGCUGAAAAUCCUCCCCAAAGCUUGGAAACAAUAGAUGAAGAAGCUCUUAAGUCACAUAUUCUAGGGCUAAAUUAUGAGGAUGGGAGUGACGUUAAAGAAAAUGUUAGGAAGUGGAUAAAUAGGCACAACACUGAUCACCGUGAUAAAUUACUAGCUUGUGGGAUCCUCAUUGUUGCUGAACUCAGGAUGCAGGUUUUUAAGGAGACAGAAUUCACUUGUUCUGCUGGCAUUGCUCAUAAUAAGAUGUUGGCAAAACUUGCUAGCGGUAUGAAUAAACCUGCACAACAAACUGUUGUGCCUUCCGCAUCUGUAAAUGGACUGCUCAAUACAUUGCCAAUAAGGAAAAUGAAACAUCUUGGAGGCAAGCUGGGGAUUUCCUUACAAAAUGACAUGGGUGUGAACACUGUUGGAGAUCUAUUGCAGUUUCCAGAGGAGAAGCUACAAGAACGUUAUGGCAUAAAUACUGGUACUUGGCUGUGGAACAUUGCAAGAGGAAUCAGUGGAGAAGAAGUUGAGGGACGCCUUCUCCCCAAAAGCCAUGGUUCUGGAAAGACAUUUCCUGGCCCUCGGGCAUUAAAGACGGUUCCUGCUGUGCAACACUGGCUUAAUCAGCUUUGUGAAGAACUUAGUGAAAGAAUUUGUUCUGACCUUGACCAAAACAAAAGGAUGGCACACACUUUAACUCUGCAUGCUAGAGCAUACAAGUCCAGUGACUCAGAUUCUCAGAAAAAGUUUCCCUCAAAAUCUUGUCCACUAAGGUAUGGAACUGCCAAGAUCCAGGAAGAUGCCUUCAACCUAUUUCAAGCUGGAUUACGUGAAUAUGUUGGAUUUUAUGGUGUUAAGACUCAAGGAAAUCAUCAUAGUGGUUGGGGAAUAACAUCUCUUUCUGUUUCAGCCAGUAAAAUUGUUCCCAUACCAUCUGGAACAUGUUCAAUUGCUAAGUAUUUUCAUGGCCAAUCCACAUCCCACUUCUCUUCAAUGCAACCGUUGGAUAACUUUAAUGCUGAAGCAACGGUUUCACUACCUCCAGGUGUUUAUUCAGGUAGUGAAUGCUACCCAGAGGUGAAUUCACCCAAAGCAGAAGUUGAUUUUCCUAAGGAAGAAAGCUGGAUUGCGGAUACAGUGCCUGAUUUGGAUCUUCAAGAACAGAAAGAUCUACCUUGCUCUCUAUCAAAGAUGCAAGAUGGGUUCACCCAGGAUAUUUCACCAUCCUUACUCUCAGGGUGCUUGAAACAGAACCAGAUUAAACAGCAAAGAGAUAUAACUAAGGAUGAAGGUCGAUUUAGGUCGGAAUACAAGGGUCGAAAAGGAAAAAGAUUGAAAGACAAGGGAACAGCCUCAAUUUUAGAACUUUUUAAGAGCUAUAAUCCCAACCCAUUCGACUCCUCUUUGUCCCAAGAGUUCAAGAAAACUGCUGAAGGCAGUGAUACCCGACUAACCAUCGGUUUUGAGCCAAAAGGCCAUAGCCUUGCUGUGGGAAAGGAGAAGCCAAUGAAUAGUAGUGGUAGCAGUUACAGUAGAGAUGAGGGUGAUGGAAGAAGAGAAGCAUGGAGUUACAAAAUUGAUGAAAUUGAUCAGUCGGUGGUCGAUGAAUUGCCACCGGAGAUCCAAGAUGAGAUUAAAGCAUGGGUGCAUCCCCAUAAGUGGCGGCCUAAUAAUACGGUCGAGCGAGGUUGUAAAAUCUCUCAUUAUUUUUCACCCACCAAAAAGUCAUAAUUAAGAAAACAAUGAUAAUAUGUUAGGAGAAGGUUAGUAUUUAUACGCAACCUUAUGAAUCUUCUACCUGCAAGUAUAUAUUUAAGAAGUUUCAUGAGCCAAAUUUGAAUCAUAUCUAGUAUCUAGCAAGACCUAAUGCUAGCUUGUUGGAGGUGUG